AUGUCCGAUAUCCCAACAGACAACAACAACGUCCCCGGGGAUCCUCGCACCGCCAAAAGCCGCGUUCUCGAGGGCGGCGCCUCCAUGGUGCAGGACUUCACCCCGACGCAGCAGAUCUGCGCCCAUCUCAACGCCUUCCAUGUAUACGCCGACGACCCGACGCGAUGCGUAGAAGCCAACCACUACUGCGCGCAUGUCACCGAAGGCAAGAUCCUUCCCCACCUCCGCCAAUGCCUCCUCUACGACUCGACCAAGCCCAACGCCCGCCUCCUCGGCGUCGAAUACAUGAUCACCCCGCGUCUGUUCCAGACGCUGCCCCCGGAAGAGCGCAAACUGUGGCACACGCACGAAUACGAAGUCAAAAGCGGGAUGCUCAUCAUGCCUGCGCCGGCGCUUGUGCCGGACGCCGCGUGGGACGCCGCUGAAACGGCCGAGAUGAGAGAUAUUAUCCCGCUCUAUGGGAAGACGUAUCACUUCUGGCAGGUUGAUCGCGGCGACCAGGUGCCCCUUGGUCCGCCGCAGCUGAUGGGCAGCUUUACCUCUGAUGAGAGAGUGCGGAUGGCACAUCCUGGGGGGUUGGAUGGGUUGUGCCAGGAGCGGAAUGAGCGGUUUGGGACGGACCAUCGCGUGAAGGCGGAGAAGAGGAGGGAUAUUGAGUCGCCGGAGACGCAUCCUGAUGCGGAUGCGAUGUGGAAGUAG